AUGGCGAUGUCGGAUGUUACACAGGAUUUGGUAGAGGAUGUGAUCUCGAGAGUUCCGUUAACAUCUCGUAGAUCAGUGCGAUCUACUUGCAAAAACUGGAACACUUUAUCCAAAAAUUUGAGCUUUAGAAAGAUAAACCUUGCUAAAGCAAGAGCAGAAACGAAGCAAGAGUUUCCGGCUAUCAUGAUAUUGGAGUAUAAGGUUUACCUAAUGAGCUUUGAUCUCCGUGGAAUUCACAAUGACGACGAAGACGUUGAAUCAUCUAUAAAGCGAGAAGCGGUUUGUUGUUAUGCAUCACCAAAGAAUUUAAUCCGAGGCUUGUGGUUUGGAACCCUUGAACCUAGAGAUUAUUACCACAAUGAGGACAACUAUGCUCUCGGAUACGAGAUGAAGAACAAAUCGUGUCGUCCAAGCCACAAAAUUUUGAGAUUUUUGGAUACUUACGACAUGAGAGUAAAUAAACGACUUUAUGAGUUUGAGAUCUACAAUCUUGACUCUAACUCAUGGAAGAUUCUUAAUGUUACUCGCGUCGGGAAGAUACCUUAUUAUCAACGUGGCGUGUCUCUCAAGGGAAAUACUUACUGGUUUGUUCAAAGCAAAUAUCCAGGAGGAGGUUGUUGUUGUUGUUUACUUUGUUUUGAUUUUACAACUGAGAGAUUUGGUCAUUUGGACCCGGUCUGA